CUAUACCAAAACCAAUAAUCCAACUAGAAGAAGCAAUUUAUAUCCAAAUCAAUGUUUAGGAACUAGUAUAUUACCUGAUAAGCAGUGUAGUUUUAGAAAACGCUAUAAUGCCGCUGGAGCAUUAUUGGGCCUAAUCGACAAAAUUGUUAAAUCCUGGGACUAUCAACAAGUGACACAUUACCAAGGCAUUAGAUACGAUAAAUCACCAAUUUCUUAUAUCUAAAUGAAAUAUUAUGGUUUCUGCAACAACUCGUUGAAAUUGAUAAGUUGCUUCCUCACAAAUAGGUCUCAGAGAGUCGUUAUUGAUACAGACUCUUCGCCUGAAUGUUUGAUUUCCUCGGGAGUACCACAAGGCUCAGUACUGAGACCGCUUCUGUUUCUCUUGUAUAUAUCCGAUUUAAACAGAUGCAAUAUUUAAUUUUUUGCAACGAUUCACAACUCAUCAUCAUACCUCAUUUCUCUAAAUGAUGAACAUGAACCAUUUAGUUCCUUUUAAAACAUAAAGUUGAUAUGAUAGGUGGACUUACUUAAUAUCCAUGAUUUUCACGUGUUCUUUUCGAAUUUUUAUUUUGCAACCUCGAAUGUUUUUCUUUACCUGAGCUGUUCGGUGGUAGCAUACUUAUCGCCAUUGACUAACGAAUUGACCAUUUUAUGCAAAGAUAACUUCUUCUUUCUAGUCAAAACCCGGUGAAGUAAACCCAGGCAGUCAAAGAUGCGAUUGACGUCGGAUACAGGCACAUUGACUGCGCUCACGUUUAUGGUAACGAGAAAGAAGUAGGUGCCGCCAUCAAGGCCAAAAUCGCAGACGGAACCGUCAAAAGGGAGGACCUUUACAUCACAAGCAAGCUAUGGAACACCAUGCACAGGCCUGACAUGGUAGAACCAGCUCUUAAGACGACCUUGCAACACUUGGGACUGGAAUACUUGGACCUGUAUCUGAUCCACUGGCCAUUUGCAAUGAAGGAAGGAACUGAGGAACUUUUCCCAACCAACUCUGAUGGCACUACAGCCUUCAGUGACGUAGACUACCUGGACACAUGGAAGGCCAUGGAGGCCGUUCAGAAGAAGGGUUUGACACAUUCCAUUGGCGUAUCCAACUUCAACAAGAAGCAGUUGGAAAGGGUGUUGGCCAAUUGUACCAUUGCACCAGUCACAAACCAGAUUGAAGUUCACCCAUACCUGAACCAGAAGAAGCUGAUCGAAUUCUGCAAAUCCAAAAACAUCAUCGUGACCGCAUACAGUCCAUUGGGAUCCCCCGACAGGCCAUGGGCCAAACCUGGUGACCCACAACUGCUGGACGAUCCCAAGAUCAAGAGCCUCGCAGACAAAUACAAGAAGACACCCGCUCAGAUCGUGUUGAGGUACCAGGUGCAAAGAGGAUGUAUCACCAUCCCCAAAUCUGUUAACAGAAAGAGGAUUGAGGAGAACUUCAACAUUUGGGACUUCCAAUUGACUCCUCAGGAUAUCGCUUUGAUUGACACCUUUGACUGCAAUGGAAGGAUUUGCCCAUAUGACGAGUAAGUAUUGUACUGAAAUCUAUUACAAAACUGCACCAAAUAAUGCAUUAUAAUAGUGCAGUCGAACUAUACAGAGCAGUAAAUAAAAUAUUACUUAUAAAGAACGUUGACAGUGUGUGAGGGUGUUCCUUAAUGACGUGCUAAUUUUCAUAGAUGUGAUUCUUAAAAUAAUUUACCAUCACAUACUUAUUUUAGAUACUAUACAUAGAUGUAAAAUGAUAUAUUUUAUUAUAAAGUUAUUUAUUGUGCCACCAAUGGGGUUCGUGUAAACAUGCGUAGAUGCGGAUAUUGGAUUUUUGUCACAUUGAGGAGUGGAACAUUUUAACUUACCACUAUCCGUCAUUUGUUUGUCUGGGCGGUCAGGAGGACCUUUGCCCAUUAGUCACGGUCUAAUUUACGUUAGUCGAGUCUGCCAGUCCUGGUGGCCCAGAAACCAGACAAUGUCAAGAAAAAGAGAGGGGGAAAGAGAAAAAAGAGAAGAUAGAGAUAGGGACACCCUGUAUAACCAGUACCAUAAUAAAUUAACAAAUUAUGAUGAUGUAAAUCGAUUUUAAUUUUAUGGACUAUGACAAAUGUGACAGGCUAUAGAAACCAAUAUUAUUUGAACAAGUAAUUUCAAGAGCCGUUAACGAAGAAAAAUAUUAUAUAGAAUUAUGCAGCCAAUUAUGCUUACUGUUGUUCAGUUCUAAUAGCAGAAAAGUGCCAGACAAGAUUAUCAAACAUUCUUGCUAUAUUUUUCUCUUUCAUUUUGGAAAUUAUAACGAAAGCAGUAGUAAAUGGAUGGAUCUUUAAUAGAAGAGACAAUAUACAUCAAAGAUGCUAAUACUGUUUUUUAUAUAUUUUC